AUGUUUCGACCUCAACGGGCCGGUCGAAUCCUUACCUUUUUCUUUGCGACCAUCAUCACUGGUAGUAUGGAACAAAAACUCGUAACUAUUCCGCAAGAAAUCCUUGACUCCAUCAUCGACCUAGCCGCCACAGAGUGCCAGGAUUCGUACGGCGAUUAUUAUGAAGAAGAGGAACACGAAGAGACGCAAGAAGAAGAAUUCUCCCCGCUCGCUGCUAAACAACUGGAAACCCUUCGUUCAGUCUCCCUCGCCUCCCAAGGAUGCUGUUCGAACAAGCACGGUGUCCGAGCUUGCCCAAGGUUCCUUGAACUCAAUGUCGACUAUGACACCGUCGCACUCUCAGAUUACCAGGCGUCUGCUCAGGAUAUGGCCGAUCUCUUGGGAGAGGAAGCCAUCUUCCCUCAACUCAGCGCUCUCGCGCGCGAAUUUAAGAUCAAUCUGCGGGUUGAUGGAACCGUCAGGUGGUCAGAUAAGUGA